AGCUGGGGUGGGGCUGCCAGAGGCCAGGCCUGCGGGAGUCUCAGGAGGGCUGGGGGCUCUGCCUGGGGUUGGGCCCAAGGACAGAGGCACGAUCAGCCAGGCUGGGUGUUCAUGGGUGGGGACCUGGGGCGGGGACAGGAAGGGCAGGACAGCCCCAGGGGAGCACACUGCACCCCAGGGCCUAGGAGGGGAAGGCGAUUGUAGGAGUUGGGCCAAAAUCAGGGGUUGGCUCUGUCUGGGCUCAGCUGGGGCCGAUGGACGUCACAGAAACCAGAUGAGUUGCGGGGACCCAGCCGCGCAGGGCCUGUGCCCCACUGCCUGGGGGUCGGCGCCCCUGUGCUCCCUUCCCCCGCCCAGGCUGCCAGCCCCCAUCUCACUGCAGAGGCCACUGCAAGGGGAUCUUCCUCUCUCGGGCCCGGGGAGUAGACAGCAGGGACCACGGGGACAGCUUGGGGACCCUUUCUCCGGGCAUGGCCCUCUGGUUGCGGCUUCUUCCGCUGGUGCCACUGGGAGGCGGCCCCCGGAACAGCUGGCGCACUCAGCCCUGGGAGCGGAGCGCGUUCCUGGGUCCGAGAUUCUCCCAGCUGCUGGGCAGGAGGUGGGUGCCCGCCUGGGUCCCAGAGGCUCCUAGGUCUCAGGUUGAGCUGCCAGGAGGCCCCACUCUCCUUUUGACUCAGACUCCCUUGCCACCUUCUUUUUCCUCUGAGAAUCUCUCAUUCUGACCCAUCUCUGGCCCAAACCUCAGAGCCACGUCUCCUAGCCAGCAGGUUCCCGUGACUGGGGGCCCCCCACUGCCAACCUGAGUGGCAGGCAUGUGAGAGGCCCAAGGAGCAGCAGACCCGAGGUGGGGCUUGGGGGGGGCCCUCCUUCAAGGUCCCCCAGGAAGGGAGCGGGCUGUGGGUGUGGGUGAGGCCUGUGGCAGGCCCCUGGCAACCUGGCAGUGCAAACAGGAAGGCAGAGGCCUGGCAGCCGGGAGCCAGGUCGUCAGCAGGCUGCGGUGGGAUGGGUUCCUUCCUGCUCUCGGCCCUUGGGGUGCUGGUCUCAGGGCCCUCCUGCCGGGGAAGUGAGGCCAGGGUGGGACCAAAGGCCCAGGGCCACCGUGAUGGGCUCCCUAAACAUGGGGGUUCUGGAAAGGCAGGGCCUCAUGCCGGUCAUGGGGAGCCAGGCCCAGCUGCUGCAGCCGCGCAUGGGGCCCAGCAGAUGGUUUGCGACAGAUCCCACCCCCCCCAUGUUGCACAAGUCCUUGCCACAGCCCGGAGGUUAUGCAGGGGGUGGGGGGCCUCAGAGGGGUCAACGCCUGCCCUCUGCUGGACUGCCUCUGCCCCAGCAGGGUCCUGCUGCCAGCUUGCUCGGUCCUGCCCCAGAGGCAGUCUGGUCCUCCCUGGGGGAGGGGUGGGAAGCCAGUUGAGCUGGAGGUGAGCAGGGCAGGGGUCCAGGGAGUGACGGGAGGCCCCCAGGACGGCGCAGGCAGCAGACCUGGCCCGUGGAUCCCGGCUGCUUUUCCCCCCGGGACACCCAGCCCACGGCCUCCAAGAACCGGCCUGGCCUGAGGUCUCUAGGACACUGGCGCAAGGGCUGGGCCUUGCCCGGCUACGUCUGGCCACCGGAAAAGAAGCUGAUGGCUGAGAGGGGGUGCGGGCCGGAACUCGGAGCAACGUGGCCACGCUGCCCUGCCGCGCGUCCAGCUCAGAAGAACCAGAGCAAAGGGGGAAGGAACUGGAUCUCUGCACCUGGGCGCCUGGGCUGGCUGCGGCUGGGGAGGAGAGGGGCUCUGGACCCGAGCCCUCCUCUUCCUGGAGCGGAUGCCCGCCCCUGCCCACGUCAGGGACACCGCGACUCCUUCCCUUUCCAGCCUGGAAAGCCCCCUCCCUGCCCCCACCCCACCCUGUGCUGUCAGACCUGGAAAAGAGACCUGGAGCCCCCAAGGGCUGCCUUCCCGCCCAAGUUCCUGCAGCUCUUCCAGCUGGCCAGGGCCGGUGCCCCCCGCCCCCCCCGGCCUGGGGCUCCUACGGACACGUGUCCUCGGAUGGGGAAAAUGGCACAGCAACCCACAGCCCACCCCACGGCCAGCCCCAGCCUGGCAUCUGCCUGCUCUGCGUAUGUACUGGGGCCUCGUGGGGUGUCCCCAGACCCAAGAACAGAACCCCCCUCUGAGAAUCUGAGUUCUGUGACGAGUGUCCUAGAGGCGGGCUCGGGUGGUCCGAUCAGAAGCAGCGGGAGAAACGUCAGCCUCUUGGCAAAGAGCUGAGCGCAGCAUCUGUGGCAAGAGGGUCUGGGAGCCACAGCAGAACUCAGCGGGCGGGCAGAUGAAAGGAGAGCGGUGCCAGGUGGUGCUGAGGGCGAGGGCACAGCCGUGAUUUCGGGGCGGGCCGUGCAGCUGCAGCUGUGAUUCGAAAACCUUCUCGGGUGACUGCCCUGGGGGCUGCAGAUGCCCAAUGCUGUGCUCGGCCCCGCUCGGAGCUUUCGUGUUUUGGGGGCCCUGGCCGGAGCCGCCCUUCUGGUGGCCCUCGGGCUCCUGUGGCUGCUUGGGUCGGCCCUCCGGGGAGCUCCGGCGCCCCAGCCCACAAUCACCAUCCUCGUCUGGCACUGGCCCUUUGCCACUCAGCCCCCAGAGCUGUCCAGCGACACCUGCGCCCGCUAUGGCGUGGUCCGCUGCCGCCUGACCACCGACCGCAGCCUGCUGGCCAGCGCCGACGCCGUGGUCUUCCACCACCGAGAGCUGCAGAGCCGGCGGGCCCGCCUGCCCCUGGCCCAGCGGCCACGCGGGCAGCCCUGGGUGUGGGCCUCCAUGGAGUCGCCCAGCCACACCCGUGGCCUCGGCCGCCUCCGAGGCAUCUUCAACUGGGUGCUGAGCUACCGGCGAGACUCAGACAUCUUCGUGCCCUAUGGCUGCCUGGAGCCCCGGGAGGGGACCGCACCGCCGCUGCCGGCCAAGAGCGGGGUGGCCGUCUGGGUGGUCAGCAACUUCCAGAGGCGGCAGCGGCGCGCACAGCUGUACCAGCAGCUGGCACCCCACCUGCCCGUGGACGUGUUCGGCCGCGCCAGCCGGCAGCCCCUGUGCGCCGACUGCCUGCUGCCCACCGUGGCCCAGUAUCUCUUCUACCUGUCCUUCGAGAACUCCCAGCACCGAGACUACAUCACCGAGAAGUUCUGGCAGAACGCGCUGGCGGCCGGCACCCUGCCGGUGGUGCUGGGGCCCCCGAGGGCCACCUACGAGGCCUUUGCCCCGCCCGAUGCCUUCGUGCACGUGGACGACUUCGGCUCGGCUCGGGAGCUGGCCGCCUUCCUCACCAGCAUGAACGAGAGCCACUACCGGCGCUACUUUGCCUGGCGAGAGCGACUCCAAGUGCGGCUGAUUGGCGACUGGCGGGAGCGCUUCUGUGCCAUCUGCACCCGCUACCCCCACCUGCCCCGUGGCCAGGUCUACCAGGACCUGGAGGGGUGGUUCCAGGCCUGAACUCUGCCAGCUGGAGGGGGCAGGGAAGGGUGGCUGGGGAGCUGGAGGUGUGGGUAGAAGGCUGGCUGUUGAAAUCAAGCCACUGGCAUCCGGCCCCCACAGGACACCAUCAGGCUGACCUGGAGGCUGGGGUCGAGGCCAGGAAGCAAGGGUUAGGGAGGAGUGGGCCCGUCUGGGCAGGUUACCUGGAGGAGGAGUCUGGUGGGUGCCGGAGCCAGUACUUGGGGGCCGAGGUGAGAGCAGGGAGGGAGUAAUGUGGGGUGCAUGUUGCCGAGGCCCAUGGAAGAUGAGAGAGGCCACUGACCACCCCCCCCGACCUUGAUGAAACCUUGGGCGGGUCAAGGCUGUCCUCAGAUGGAGGCUGAGGCUGGUGGCAGGACCCUUGGGGCUGGGCACACGGCCUGGGCAUGUGGUGGCAGAACCUGGGCCCCUGGCCUCUGUAGCCGAGGUCCCCUUGUCUGAGACGGGCAGGCUGGAGCCGGGGUCAGACCCGUGGGGCCCAGACCCGAGCGGGCCUUCCAGCUUGCUGGGCUUUUUGUAGCCUGCAGUCCCCUCAGGGCGGGGCGGAGUCAAUAAAGAAACAAGGACAAGAAAGGCACGUGCUGAGUCUGCUUCCCUUUUCUGGACUGGAUCUGGCCCGUUCCACCCCAGGCCUCUGCCUGCUCCUCCCAACCCAUGCGAGGGCACCGCAGCUGAGAGCCCGGUUGGCCCCUGAAGGGCCGAGGUGGGUGCACCAUGGCCAAAAGGUCAGAAAUGCCUCUGGCUGGAAGGCACCACGUCUCGAAGGCCUUGGGAUUUCAUGCUUGGGCUGCAGGGGUGUCUGGGGUGUGACAAGGUCUGGUUUUUGAUGUGCCAUUCCCCUGACUGGUGGCUGGUGGCAGCCUGGCAUCCAGGGGCACCAAGAUUGCUGCUGUAGCCAGGGGAGCCCCUGUGGCAGGCUGCAGCCUGGUGGUGAGCCUCCGGGUGGCACUGACAGGGCUCCCGCAGCAGACUUGUUCCCGCCCCGGGCUGGGUGGGUGGCAGGUGGAGGCAGGAAGCUGCCCUGCCCUUGGCAGUGGCUUGUGGGAAAGGCCCACUACUGACUUCCGGCCCUGACCUAGCCCCGCUACACCGAUCCUGACCGGGAGCAGGAAGUGUCCCCAGGCUGCAGGUGGGUCCUGGCCUUUGAGAUUUGCAUCCCUCUGGUGCUCUUCUUCAUCCUGCUGGGGCUUCGGCAGAAGAAACCCACCAUCUCCGUGAAGGAAG